GUAUAAUGUAUAUGUAUAUGUAUAAUGGAUUAUCUCGUAUACAAUGCACAGUUGAACAUGCAGUAAACUUGAGGUUUCGGUUACUUGCUAAUUGUCAUGAUUGUUUGAGCAUACAUCGUUGCCGUUAGGUAUCUUCUUAGAGCCAGAAUAUGUAAUUCUUAAAGCCAGUUGCAUCGCCAGACAUGAUCAGUAUACUAUUAGUCGGCUGCUUUGUUCUCGUGUCUAUUAUAAGCGGUGAAAUUAUUAAUUGGGAUCAAUCCUUAAAGAAUAAUGCAGCUUUGGAGAUUCAGUCAUUCAACUCCCACUCUAAUCAUCAGGGGAAGUUUUUUCCACUAUUCAGUGUUGUGCGUUUCGCCAACACCCAGUGCUUAUCGAGCACCGAUCAACUCAACGGCACGUGUUUUACAAGACGAGAGUGCAUUAAUUAUGGAGGUAAUCCCUCAGGAUCGUGCGCUAACGGAUUAGGCACUUGUUGUGUGUUUCAAAAAUCUUGCGGCUCUACUUCUAACAUGAACAAUACAUAUUUCGUAAGUCCAAGAUAUCCAAUCACUUAUCAAGGAGGAGAACGAUGCACGAUCACGGUACAACGUUGUAAUUCUAACAUAUGUCAGUUGCGGUUGGAUUUCUUGGAGGCCACUUGGGCACAACCCAAUGCAACUGGAUAUUGCGAUUUCGACGUAUUUUUAGUAUCUGGUGGUUCGUCAACGGUACCCAGACUAUGCGGGGAAAAUACUAAUCAACAUGUAUACGUUGACUUCAACGGAGCGACACCGAUCUCUAUAUCCGUCGACACUAACGCGGGUUACGCGUUCGAUCGACGCUGGAACAUAAGGAUUCAGCAAAUAGCAUGCGAUUCUCUGUGUAGAGCUCCUAAUGGAUGUUUACAAUAUUACAAGACUGUCUCUGAUAUUGUAAUGAGUUUCAACUAUGGUACAACAGAAAAUGCCCGAGCUCCUCAAAUUGGAACACGACAAUUGGUGAACAACCGUUACGGUGUAUGCGUCAGAAUGGCUUUAGGAUAUUGUAGUAUCGAGUGGUCUCAAAUGGACAGAUUUUCUUUCUCCGUUUCUGGAGAUACGGGAUCGUUUGAUCCAGAUAUAAUAGGUACAGACUUGGUAGCAGAAUCUGGUGCGAGCUGCACGAAUGAUUUUGUGAUUAUACCCGACCCACGUGAAAAUGGCGUUCCCACUAAUACAGAUAGGUUUUGCGGAAAUGGAUUUAUCACUAAAACAUCGAACUUAAAACCAUUCGUGCUUUAUGUUGUUACAAAUGGUGACGAAAUGCAAGAAGCUCAAAACAAAGGCUUUAAGCUUAUGUUUCGUCAACUACCUUGUGCAGUUUAAGAACACUGUUAUGCAAGAUACAUAUACGUAAGUUAUGAGAAUUUUGACGGAGAA